AUGCACGAAACGUGGCACGAAACGUGGACGACGUGUCACGAGCGAAGCAGAUUUUUCUACCCGAGUCGGCAUGUCGCGAGCUGCCCCUGGACCAGUGAUCCGAACAGCGUAAUCUACCCAAGGGUGCCGUAUGCCGACAUCCUCUACUGCUCCUUCCUAUCUCUCUCUUCAAACGCCAGUUCACCUCUCCAACUUGCGCGCUCCUGUCACUGCCACCGAGAAAUGUCCUUCGCCCUGCGCCGGGUCUCGCAGCGUUUUCUCCCGGCCUUCCAGCUCCCUCUCGUCCUCUCUCCAACCACGUCUCCCUACAACCCGCGCUUCCGCAUCGCCCUAAUGUCGCGCCCUUCCGCCCCCGUCUCCGUCCCCCAUCACCAUGCCACCGCGUCGGCCUCGCUAGCAACGCCGACAGAUCUGCCUCCCUCCUUCGCCGGUGAGAACCCUGUCUUUGCACAAACAAUGCUGCGUAUCGUCAACCCAACUGCCUCGCGCGCCUUCUACGAGCACGCCCUGGGAAUGACCUAUCUCACCCGUCUCGACUUUCCGGAUCUCCAGUUUUCGCUCUUUUUCUACGCCUACACCGAUGACGACGUUCCGGACCAAGCCGAUCCGCAGCCAAAACGCGCUCAGUGGCUCUGGGGAAGGCCCUACCCCACAAUAGAGCUCACGUGGAAUUGGCCGAGAGAGACUUAUGAUGAGAGCGUGCAGGCAGCGAGCGAGAAUGAUAAAGGGGAUGAAGUGUAUGUCAAUGGAAAUCAAGACCCAAAGGGCUUUGGCCACGUCGGAGUGAUCGUGUCCAACCUACCAGGCGUCAUGGACAUGCUGGAGAAGAAGGGCGUUGCGGUCGUGCAGGGCGCGUCUACGGACGGGAAGGAUGGCACGGCCGUCGUCGCAGACCCCGAUGGAUAUUUGAUACAGCUGACAGAGAGAGGGCACACGCCAGGCGACGGCGGCGUGGACAUGGUCAAGACGGACCCGGUCUACGGCAGCGUGAUGCUCCGCGUGAAGGAUCCGCGCGACGCGAUGCGGUUCUUCUCCAGGCUCGGCUUCCGCUGCAUCGCGCGGCUGGACCACGAGGACGACAAAUGCACGGAGUACUUCCUGGCCUAUUCUUGGGCGAGCGAGGUAGAGGAUAGCGUGGCGGAAGCGGAGAAGGCGGAGUGGGUGCAUGCGCGGAGGGAGUGCAAGAUCUUGCUCAAGCAUCACUGGGGCACGGAGAAUGAGAGCGAGCAAAUGUACGCGCACGGGAACGCAAAGCCGCAUCGCGGGUUUGGGCAUCUCGGCAUCAUCGUAGAUGACAUUUAUGGGACAACUCAGGCAAUGGAGAAGGAGGGGUAUAAGAUCGUGAGGCAGGCGGGGCCGUUCAGGGAUGCGGGCGAGCUUUCAUUCGUGGCGGAGCCUUCGACGGGGUACUGGGUAGAGAUUAUUAAGAGGAGUGGCGAGGCGGGCGACGUGCCGUAUGAGAAGCCGUUCGGGAUCGGUGGGUAG